UCUUCUUCAACUUUUCAUAGAUUGCUUAAAUCAAAGCACUCUAUUGCGGUAUAUUUGCAAUGGCCAUUGUGGUUACCUUGUCUAUUUUCUCAUUGAUUUGUCUCUGGAGAACUAGUUUUGGUGCAGAAAGAAAUAGCUUGAAGCCAGGUGAUGUGCUUGAUCACACAAGCAUGCUAACCUCUGAAAACCGGAGGUUCUAUCUUAAAUUUGAUUCAAUUCAGCAGUACUCUAGCCUCACUUACCUUGUUAUAGGCCGCAAAGACUCUUCCUCUGAAGCUGAAGAAGACACCAACCAUGGCUAUAAGAGUUGGAUUGCAAACAGAAACGACCCUAUUUCCAACAAUUCUGGGGUUCUUACUUUGGAGUAUUCAGGUGCUCUCAAAAUCAACCGCCAGAACAGGAAGCCAAUAACUCUGUAUUCUCCUGUCAAAUCUGAAGUUACCAAAAAUACCAUUCUAACUCUAUUAGAUUCAGGAAACUUGGUCCUGCGGGAGCUGCAUCCCAAUGGUGUUUCAAAGCGUGUGUUGUGGCAGAGUUUUGACCAUCCUUCAGAUAUACUACUUCCUGGCAUGAAGUUAGGAAUUAAUCACAAAACUCAUCAAUCUUGGUCUGUUACAGCGUCCAUUUCUGAUGCAACCCCAGCUUCUGGUUCAUUCACUCUCGAGUGGGAUCCAAGAAAAAAGCAAUUAAUCAUUAAGAGACAAGGGCAGAUAUAUUGGGCAAGUGGGGUGGUGAAAAACAACAGAUUUGUGAACAUACCAGAAGAAGUUCAGCAGUUUUAUGAAUACAACAUUGUCUCAACAGAGGAAGAAGAGUCCUUUAGUUUCAGAGGUAAAUAUGAUGAUGAAUCACAGUGGGUGCUGUUUCAUAAUGGUCGGUUAUUGGACACAAGAGGGAGUGAUUUCGUCAUUGCUAGUGCUGAUACUUGCUACGGCUUUAACAGUGAAAGUGGCUGUCAAAAAUGGAAACCACCCAACUGCAGAAAACCUGGUGAAAAAUUCCAAAUUCAGUUUGAAUAUAUCGGUUCUCCAUCUGGAAAUGAAAGUUUUUCUGUGAGAGACGCAAACGUUAGUAUAGGUGAAAGUGAUUGUAAGGCUACUUGCUGGACCAACUGUACCUGCCUUGCGUUCAAAACGGCUUUCCUCAAUGGAACUGGAUGCAUGUAUUACCAUGGACAUUGGAGGACAGUGCCUGUUGACUCUAGGGACGCAAGCAUAAACGUCUUAAUACCAUCACCAUAUGACUCAGAUCAUAAAGAUUUGAAGAAGUGGAAAAUAAUUGGUCCUACCAUGGCAGCAGCUCUGAUCACAAUCUGCCUUGGCAUUUUCUACCUAAGAUGGAGGAAAGCAACUGAAGUUCAAGUUAUUGUGUCAUAUCCGACAGACAAUGGAAGAAGCAGGGAGGAGAAUGAACGGGGCAACUUAGAGUCCUUUAAUAGGCAUACCACUGUUAAUGAACUUAAAAAUGAUGUAAAGAAGGGGAAUUUAAAAAUUUUCAACUAUGAAUCAAUCAUGGAAGCAACAAACAGGUUCUCACCAGAAAACUUGCUAGGCAAAGGAGGAUUUGGACAUGUAUAUAAGGGAUUAUUGCCAAUGGGAGAAGAAAUAGCCAUAAAAAGACUUUCCAGAGGUUCGGCACAAGGAGUAAUUGAGUUUAAAAAUGAACUCAUUGUGAUAUCUGAACUCCAACACGUGAAUCUUGUUCAGCUGUUAGGUUGCUGCAUUCACGGAGAAGAGAGGAUGUUAAUCUAUGAGUUCAUGCCCAACAAAAGCUUAGACUUCUUUCUAUUUGAUUCUACUCGCAGCAACUUGCUAGAUUGGAAAAAGCGUUUCAACAUAAUUGAGGGGAUCUCUCAAGGAUUGCUUUAUCUCCAUAAAUACUCAAGAUUAAAAGUAGUUCAUAGAGAUCUGAAAGCUAGUAACAUUCUUCUUGAUGGCAAUAUGAAUCCUAAAAUUGCAGAUUUUGGUAUGGCCAAGAUUUUUACACAAGAAUCAAAUGUACAAACCAAUCGGGUUGUAGGGACAUAUGGAUACAUGUCACCUGAGUAUGCCAUGGAAGGAAUUUUCUCUACUAAAUCAGAUGUCUAUAGUUUUGGGGUUUUGCUACUUGAAAUUAUAAGCGGCAGAAGAAAUAACAGUUUCUACAAUUCCCAAGGUCCACUAAAUCUAGUAGGGCAGGCUUGGGAACAAUGGAAAGAAGGUCAAGUUCUCGACAUAGUUGAUCCAAUGUUGAGAGACCAAUGUGAUCCAGAUCAAGUAUUAAGAUGUGUCCACAUUGGACUUUUAUGUGUAGAAGAAAAUGCAGAAGAUCGUCCAGCUUUGUCAGAUGUUAUAGCCUUGUUGGCAAGUGAAACUGCAUCAAUUCCUUUCCCAACAAGACCAGCAUUUUAUAGUGGAAGAAAGCUAAAUAAGAAAUAUAAUUCUGAUGACUUUGAAACUCAUUCAGUGAAUGGUCUGUCUGUUUCAACCAUAAAAGCAAGGUAAAACCAUUAGAAGUGCUUAUGUUUUAAUAGGUAAUCUCCGAGGUUGAUUUAUGAGACUGACAUUAUGCCUGUGAUUCUAUUUAAAAGGGUGUCACCUCUCUGCAUAAGUUUUGAUUCAAGUUCUCUGUAUUUUUCCAAGAGAGAUACUUUGCAUUUAUGUAUCUUUCUGGUUUCUCCAAUAGCAUCAGAUAGAAAUUUCCUGCA